AUGGCGGAUCCUUUGAGUUUAUUACGAGAAUAUAAUGUUAAUAAAAAAGAGAUAAAAGAACGUGGUGAUAAAAUUAUUUUUGGUGAAAUUUCUUGGCCAAAAAAUAUAAAAACUAAUUAUCUUGCGUAUGGCUCCAGUAAAGAAGGGACAGAAAAAACGUACUACACUCUGGAAUGUCUCAUAUUUUUUUUGAACAGUGUGCAACUUACACACCCUGUCUAUGUGAGACAAGCCGCGGCCAAAAAUAUUCCAGUUGUACGUCGUCCAGAUCGUAAAGAUUUGUUGGCAUAUCUUAGUGGUGAAACAACAACUUCAUCUGCUAUAGAUAAGACUUCACCAUUAGAAAUUCCAGUGCCAGUCAAGAGGCCUGGUCAAAAUGAACCGGAUUGUUGUACGUCAAAAAAGCCAAAAUUUGGAGAUUCAGAUGUACAGCGAAUGAAAGAACAGCUCGCAAUAAGGCUGGAUACUUCCAAAGAAACGUCUGUUACAGUUGACAACAUAAAAUCACUUUCUGAUAUUUUAUCACCAGAGACAAUCGCAACUAUUAUAGUCAAACGUAUAGCUAAAAAACGUACGACUAUAAAAGAAAAUGAUGAACUUCAAAUUCAUUCAGAUUUCCAAAUUAUGGUGGAUAUGGAUGCUUACAAUUCAAAAGAUAUUAUUUCUCAUGAAAGACAAUAUCAAGGUCGAGUUGCAAUUUUACAAAGCAAAGGUAAAAUAUUUAAUAAUGUUAUUGCUAUUUUACAAAGUACCAUUGCAAAGGAAUCAAAAAUCCAGGAUAAAAAUAAAGGUAAUAAAUUAGAAUUUCCACCACCACCACCACCACCACCACCACCAACAACACCAUUACUCGAAAAACCUGCUGCUUACAAUCGUUACGUUCAAGAAAAAUUUUUUAACCUUAAUGAUACUGAAGGUUUCAAAAUUAAUACUAUGGGAAGUUAUCAUGGUUCGAUAUCAGUUAAUGAAAAAUCAAAGUUAACUAUCACAGAACCUCUCCCCGCUGUAGAAUCAAAAUCGCUAGUAAAGAAAAAACCUUUGAAUAGAACUCCUAUAAUUAUUAUUCCAAAUUCUAAUUGUUCAUUAGUUACUAUGUAUAAUAUAAGAGAAAUUUUAGAACAAUUGAAGUUUGUAACUAACGAAGAACAAAAAGCUGCUGGUGUUCAAAAGAAAAAUCAAAUAACUAUUCAAAGAGCUAAGAAAGAUGGUUCGAUGGUACUGUACGAAGUUGUUGAUAAUAUUCAAAAAUUAUCAACCGCUGACUGGAAUCGUGUUGUUAGUGUUUUUGUCUUUGGACCAACUUGGCAGUUCAAGGGAUGGCCUUUCAAUGGUGGGCCUGUAGAAGUAUUCUCUAAAAUAAAAGCUUUCCAUGUAAAAUAUGAUGAUGAGGAAUUAGAUUUAAAUAUUGCUCGUUGGUCUGUAGAUAUCAUCGAAUUGAGUCGCACUAAACGACACUCUGAUCGUGCUGCUAUAAGUAAGUACUGGGAAAUUUUAGACAGCUACAUUGCUCGGAAUAAGCCUUUUUUAAAAUUUUGA